GGCCAGUACAGGAGCCGUGGUCCUCUGACCCUCCGCACUCCAGUUCCAGAUAAGCGAAUACUCACCACAGAACAUGGUAGGAGCGGAGCAGCCCGCAAGCCCCGAGCUGCGGCGGGAAGGCGUGGCCGAGUACGAAGAUGGCGAGGCCCUGGCGGGAGGUGGCGAUGCGGGCCCCCAACAGCCGGAAGACCUCCCCCAGGACCCUCCAGAAGAUAACCCUCAGGACCCGCCAGAGGAUGAUGGUACCUGCCAAUGCCAGGCGUGUGGGCCUCAGCAAGUCGCUGGUCCAGAUCCUGGUGCCUCCAACGAUGGCUGCCCCCAGCUGUUCCAGGAGCGGUCAGUCAUAGUGGAGAACUCUUCAGGCCAGAACAUCUCCUGCACCAGCGCUUCUGAGCUCCUCAAACCCAUGAAGAAAAGGAAGCACAGGGAAUAUCAGAGCCUAUCUGAGGAGGAGUCAGAGCCGGAGGCCAUGGAGAAGCAAGAAGAAGGAAAGGAUCCAGAGGGACAACCCACCACUAGCACCCCAGAAAGUGAGGAGUGGAACAGCAGCCAGCCUGCCUCAGGGGAGAAGAAGGAAGGCUGGUCGUGGGAAUUGUACCUUGAGGAACAGAAGGCCAUCACUGCCCCCGUCAGCCUCUUCCAGGACUACCAGGCGGUCGCUCAUAACAAGAAUGGCUUCAAACCAGGCAUGAAGUUGGAAGGCAUUGACCCUCAGCACCCAAGCAUGUACUUCAUCCUCACCGUGGCUGAGGUAUGUGGCUAUCGCCUACGUCUGCACUUCGAUGGGUAUUCCGAGUGCCACGACUUCUGGAUCAAUGCCAGUUCCCCUGACAUUCAUCCCGCUGGCUGGUUCGAGAAGACGGGGCACAAGCUGCAGCCCCCCAAAGGUUACAAGGAGGAGGAGUUCAGCUGGAGCCAUUACCUGCGCAGCACAAGAACCCAGGCUGCCCCCAAGCACCUGUUUGUGAGCCAGAGCCACAGUCCCCCACCCCUGGGCUUCCAGGUGGGCAUGAAGCUGGAGGCCGUGGACCGCAUGAACCCAUCCCUCAUCUGUGUGGCCAGUGUGACCGACGUGGUGGACAGCCGCUUCCUGGUGCACUUUGACAACUGGGAUGACACUUAUGACUACUGGUGUGAUCCCAGCAGCCCCUACAUCCAUCCGGUGGGCUGGUGCCAGAAGCAAGGAAAGCCCCUCACCCCUCCACAAGACUACCCAGACCCUGACAGCUUCUGUUGGGAGAAAUAUCUGGAAGAAACUGGGGCCUCUGCUGUGCCCGCCUGGGCCUUCAAGGUGCGUCCCCCGCACAGCUUCCUGGUCAACAUGAAACUGGAGGCCGUGGACCGCAGGAAUCCAGCCCUAAUUCGUGUGGCCAGCGUGGAGGAUGUGGAGGACCAUCGGAUAAAGCUCCACUUUGAUGGCUGGAGUCACGCCUAUGACUUCUGGAUUGAUGCUGAUCACCCUGACAUCCACCCAGCGGGCUGGUGCUCCAAGACAGGGCAUCCCCUGCAGCCUCCUCUCCGACCCAGAGAGCCCAGCUCUGCCUCCCCUGGGGUCUGUCCCCCUCUCAGCUGUCGAAGCCUGCCACAGACCAGGACCUCCAAGUACAGCUUUCACCACCGAAAGUGCCCCACUCCUGGUUGUGAUGGCUCUGGCCACGUCACAGGCAAGUUCACAGCCCACCACUGCCUCUCGGGCUGCCCACUGGCCGAGAGGAACCAGAGCCGGCUGAAGGCAGAGCUGUCCGACACGGAGGCCUUGGCCCGUAAGAGGAACCUCUCGGGCUUCUCCCUAAGGAAGAAGCCUCGCCAUCACAGCCGGUGCGGAGGGCAAGGGUGCAGGGCCUCGAGUCCUCCUGGGCCAGGCCAGGCCCUGAUUCCCUGCCACGGACCUGGUCCCUCUCUCUCCAGGAUCGGACGCCCUCCAAAGUAUCAGAAGAUCCCACAGGAAGAUUUCCCGACACUGACCACUGACGUCAUGCACCAGUCCCUCUUCAUGUCGGCCCUGUCGGCCCACCCCGACCGGUCGCUGUCAGCGUGCUGGGAGCAACACUGCAAGCUCCUGCCAGGCGUGGCGGGCAUCUCGGCCUCGACAGUCGCCAAGUGGACCAUCAAUGAGGUCUUCGGCUUUGUUCAGACCCUGACGGGUUGUGAGGACCAAGCACGGCUCUUCAAAGAUGAGAUGAUUGACGGCGAGGCCUUCCUUUUGCUGACACAGGCGGACAUUGUGAAGAUCAUGAGUGUCAAGCUGGGCCCAGCCUUGAAGAUCUAUAACGCCAUUCUCAUGUUCAAAAACGCCGACGACACCUUAAAGUGACUGGCUCAGGGCUGGUCUCUUAACUAUCUCCCUCUGCAGCUGCUGCUUCCUUCCCGGCUUGAGUUCCUCACAUCCCAUCCGUGCCCCUGCCACCCUCUGUCCCUUAUCAGGGGUGGUCCUUCUCUCCGGGGCUGCCUUGUACAAGGUCCAGGGAAGCAGAGGAGCCCCGGGGAGGAUGGAGUCCUAGCCCCCGAGUCCUAGAGCUCAUCUGCCACCGGGCACACCGGUGAGGGUGAGACUGGGCGGGGCGAGCGCCACUGAUGGAGAAGUUUGAAGGUGCCCCACCCAUGGCGGCCCCACAUCUCCAGCGACUUGUUUCAUCACCAAAGGUUCUUUCUCUCAGCCGUUAAGAACAGUCUGGUAGAACAGGAGUCCUCCAAUCUGAGGCCCUUUUCUCUUUGGCAUCUCUCUGUGCCGUUGCUUCCUUGUUUCCUUUCCUCCUAUCAGGAAGCGACCCUGCCGAAAACGUAUUUAUUCAAAAAGACACCUCCCCUCUUUGUCUGCUGGUUUUGCUGCCCACAUUCUGCUGCCUGGUUUCCUGGGCACCGCCCAGCCGGACCCCGCUGGCUCUUCCGCCUUAGAUGGGUGAGCCCCAGAGAUAUGUCUUCAUAGGAUCCAUCGGGAGGCUUUGGCUGCCUUUCUGUUUUUUGCCUGGAAGUGAGGGAUACUGAGCCAGGAUGCCUUCUUCAACACACCCAGUUCUGGACCACAUGGUAUUUUAGUGUCCCAUGCCCCGUCCUGUUUCCAGUAGAGCGGGUGGUUAGAAACUGUUUAACUUCUGUAGCAGAGGUUAAGGUUCCACGAUGUCCCCCCCUACACCCCUUCUGUGUCAAGUGUGGAGAGGAGGCACCCUGGCUGGCUAG